UUCGUGGUACCAUGUUCGAUUUUAAUAGCCAGUCUGUUUUCUGGUCAUUUUAUACCCUGAUUCUUAUGACCUUCUACAUAGUUAACUAAAGGAUCAAAUGGCAGAGCUGAUCUCGACUUUUCUCGAGAUUUUUCACUACACACCUGCGUUCAAAAGCGGAAUAAGAGUCAAUUUUAAUUCAAAAAAAAAAAAAAAACUUAGUUAAACCUCCUAGAACGAAUAUAUGGCUACACCAUGACAGGCAAAAUGGAAGCAUUGCUCUUUUGAAAUUUUAUUCGAGGAUUUUUUAGAUUCUUGAAGCGUUUUCUCCGAUUCGAAUAAAACGGUGAAUCGUAGACUACAAUAGCUGACACUUAUUUCGAAAUGAGGCGUUUUAAAAACACGUCACGUGCCCUGGUUCGACCAAUCAGCGCGCCUCACUCGGUUCGUCAUAAUGUUGCGGCAAGUGAGUAUUUUGUGACAGGCGACUUCUGCUUACCGUUUCAGAGAUAAACUGACAUUCGUUACCGUAAUCUGCAAAAGUCGAAAAUAUGGCGACCCAACUCCUCCCUUUUAUGCACGUGUUAAUAUUUUUGUUAAGUUUUAUCAAAGUUUCUGUGGCAAGCGACGCUGUGAAUUGGACCACAAGCCCAAAAGAUUCUGAACAUUUCGUCGGCAGUGAUGCAAUUCUUCGGUGGGAGUAUUCAACCCAUCCUUCAAACAAGAUACGAUUCAUAAAAUUCGGGAUCAAGGUCCGCGCGAACGAAAGUGUUACAGAUGUUGUCAUUAUCAGGAAAGAUGUGUUGACAAGAGUUGUCACCUUCAAUAAGAAAAGCGAUCGAGAAGUCACAGCUCCCUUUGAUGGUCGAGUGAGUGUGUUGAAAAACGAGACAGCGAGUUUUAAGAUCAGAAAACUCACGAUGAGCGAUGCUGGAACAUAUUUUUGCUACCUAGAACCUGAAGAUCGGAUCGACGGAAUGCCGGGUAACGACGAAGUUAAAAUAAAAGUGGUGGGUGAGUGUAGUUCGUUUUUUCAUUUAUGUAAUUAUGUUGCUAUGUUUAACUGAAAAGUGAAUUAUAUAUCUCGUGCUGACAGCCACUGACUCAGAGCCGAUAAACACUUAUUUAGCUCUUGUAUAUACGCUUCGUGUUGUUGUUUGUUUGUUUUUCGUGAUGUAAUUUUGCGAUGGUUUUGUAAACUUGUGGAGACGUCGCGAUGUAGUAAUGGAGGUUGUGUUCGUAAUGGAGGGAUUUUCGUCACUUUUUCCAUUAAAGAAUUUUUAUCCAGACAGCUCUUAUCAAUGCUAAGUCUACUGUCAUUAGGCACUUUUUCGUAACGUACUUUUAUGUUAAAAAACGUGAGCUGUUUAUUUUGUUGACAACGUGUGAA